GUGCGUGUGGACGCGAGGCAUCGGUGAGAGGCUCACGGAUUUCGCAUUGUGGUCAAGGCUGUGCGUGCGUGGCCGUGUGGGAUGCAGCCCGUGAAGUACGGACGCGCGAGGCAAUGUAGGAACUAGUGCGGAAUGCCUGUGCCUGCAUUUGUUUUUGUUUUGUUUUUGUUUUGUUAAUUUCGACUGAUUCUUCGUGCGCAGGGAUGCUCGCGUUCCCGGUUUGUCAGUACCUCUUGGAAUAGAUUUGAAGGAAACUUUGACGCGACAGCCGUCGCCUGCUUAGUACGGUGGUUCGGUGGAGAGCGGACAGCGAACAUGCGUAUCCAGGUGACGUCACUGCUGGCAGUGCAGCUGGUGUUCCUGUGGGACCCCGCCUGGUCCCAGGGGCAAGACACGUCGCCCAGCCCGCGCUUCACCCAGCCCUUCUACAACACCACCAUCUUUGAGAACUCCGCUGCCAAGACCUACGUGGAGGGCCCCGUGAAAAUGGGCAUCUACGCCAUGGACCCUUCCUGGGAAAUACGGUACAAAAUAGUGUCGGGCGACAGCGAAAGCCUCUUCAAAGCAGAGGAGUACCAGCUGGGAGACUUCAGUUUUCUGCGAAUAAGGACCAAAGGAGGAAGCAGCGCAAUCCUCAACCGCGAGGUGCGUGACCACUAUGUUCUCACGGUCAAGGCCACGGAGAGGGCAUGGAAUGCGGAGGCCCGGGUGAGGGUCCGGGUCCAGGUACUGGACACCAACGACCUGCGGCCCCUCUUCUCCCCAACCUCCUACAGCGUGUCCCUGCCAGAGAACACGGCCAUCCGCUCCAGCAUCGCCACGGUCACGGCGACGGACGCCGACAUCGGUACGAAUGGGGAGUACUACUACAGCUUCCGGGAAUGGACGGACACGUUUGCGGUCCAUCCCACAAGUGGUGUGGUCACGCUGACCGGGAAGCUGGAUUACGCGGAGACAAAGCGGUACGAGCUAGAGGUGCUGGCGGUGGACCGCGGCAUGAAGCUGUAUGGGAGCAGUGGGUUUAGCAGCAUGGCAAAGCUAACGGUACGGGUGGAGCAGGCUAACGAGCACGCACCAGUCAUCACCGCUUUGGCUCUGGCACCCUCUGACGCCGACAAGGACCCCACUUACGCUGUGGUCUCCGUUGAGGACGAUGACCAGGGUGCCAACGGGGAAAUAGCGUCUCUCAGUGUGGUUGCAGGAGACCCGCUGCAGCAGUUUAGAGCUGUGAGGUCCAGCCCGGGUAGCAAGGAAUACAAAAUUAGGGCUUUGAAAGAAGUUGACUGGGUUGGUCAGCCUUACGGUUACAAUCUCACACUGCAAGCUAAAGACAAAGGAAAUCCAGCCCGGUUUUCCUCAGCUAAAGUCAUCCACAUCACGUCCCCACAGUUUAAAGUAGGGCCUCCGAAAUUCGAGCAGUCUGUUUACAGGGUCAAUAUAAGCGAAUUUGCUCCACUGCGCACACCUGUUGUGAUGGUAACAGCUGUGCCGAAGUAUCCCCAAUUAAAGUACACUUUAAGACAAAAAUCAGACAAAAAUCCCUUCACAAUCAAUCCAGAUACCGGCCUGAUCACAACAGCUGGGCCCGUCCGUGCAGACUAUGCACCCCGACAUGAGUUAGAAGUCUUUAUUGGUGACAAAAAAGGAGCCACUAAAGUUAUCGUUGACGUGACUGACGUGAACAACAAUGCCCCGGAGUUUCAGCAGUCCUCUUACAAAGCCAGCAUUGAUGAAAACAUGCCCAUAGGAACGAGUGUGGCCACAGUUAAAGCAGUCGAUUUAGACAGCGGAGAGAAUGGCUACGUUACAUACAGCAUCGCUAACGUAAACCCCCAACCUUUUGCAAUCGACUACUUCUCUGGGGUUAUCAGUACCUCUGAACUUCUGGACUAUGAACUGAUGCCGAGGGUUUAUAAUUUACGAGUGCGCGCAUCAGACUGGGGGGAACCUUUUCGCCGUGAGGUGGAAACGCAGGUCACGGUCACCCUCAGCAACCUGAACGACAACAAGCCUCUGUUUGAAAGCGUCGACUGUGAGGUGACUGUGCCCAGAGACCACGGCGUUGGAGAGCAGAUCACCACUGUGUCUGCCAUCGACGCGGAUGAGCUUCAGCUGGUCCGCUACGCGAUAAGAAGUGGCAACGGCCUGGACCUCUUCGAGUUGAACCCCAACUCGGGCGUGCUGUCCCUGAAGCAGCCGCUGGACGAGGGUGAGGCGGUGAAGGCAUCCUUCCACUGCCUGCAGGUGGUAGCCAGUGAUGGCGAGCAUGAGGCACCGCCAACGUUCUUGAACAUAACCGUCAUCACAGCGCACAAACCCGUUCAAGUCAGGUGUGUUGACACCGGCGUGGCCACUAUGCUGGCAGAAAAGCUGCUGCAGAGCAGUAGAGUCCACAACCAGGCGGAACCCGACGAGAACUUCUUAGACGUUCACGCUGCCAACCGCUUCACCCCCCAGUUUGCGGACUCGUUUCCCAGUGCGGUUGAUGUGAAAGAGGACCUGCCGGUCGGGGCCAGGAUCAUCCAUUUGAACGCGUCAGACUCGGACAGCGGUUUCAAUGGCAAACUCGUCUACGUUAUCUCAGGAGGCGACACGGAGAGUCGAUUUGUUGUUGACAUGAACGACGGCUGGCUGAAGGUGUACGCUCCACUCGACAGAGAAAGGACCGAUCACUACACACUCAAUGUCACGGUUUACGACCUUGGGAUACCCCAGAAAUCAUCAUCGCGACUGUUGGACGUCAAGGUAACGGACGCUAAUGAUAACAGCCCGCGAUUUCUGCAAGACACUUACUCAGUGGAGAUUAGCGAAAACACGCCUGUGGGCACGGAAAUUAUCCAGGUUGUAGCCACAGAUAAAGAUCUCGGGGACAAUGGCAUCGUCAGGUACUCCAUACUGGCAGACACUGAUCAGUUCACCAUCGCUGAGGAGACGGGAAUCGUUACAGUCAAAAAACCUCUGGACCGAGAGGUCCAGUCCGACUUUCUACUGCGGAUAGCCGCUCGUGACCAGGCCACAGCCGAACCCCAGCUGGUGUCGACUGUGUCGCUUAAAAUCACGCUGGAAGAUGUCAACGACAACCCCCCCAAAUUUGUUCCUCCCAACUAUCGGGUGAAGGUGAGGGAGGAUCUCCCAAUUGGCACGGUUGUCAUGUGGUUGGAAGCCCAUGACCCGGACAUCGGACCCUCGAGCCAGGUGCGGUACAGCCUCAUGGACCAUGGCGAGGGGAAAUUCGAAGUGGACAAACUCAGCGGCGCAGUGCGAAUCGUGCAGAAUCUGGAUUACGAGAAGCGGCAAGUGUACAACCUCAUGGCGAAAGCUAAGGACAAAGGCAAACCGAUUUCUUUAUCCUCGACCUGCCACGUUGUGGUGGAGGUGGUGGACGUGAACGAGAACCUGCACCGCCCAUGGUUUCCGUCGUUCGUGGACAAAGGAUUUAUCAAAGAGGACAUACCCAUUGGAACAUCUGUCAUGAAGGUCACGGCACAGGACGAAGACAAAGGAAGGGAUGGGGAGAUUGUCUAUUCUAUACGGGACGGGUCUGGCCUUGGGAUCUUUGCCGUCGACGAAGAAACUGGUGUGAUCCGGACGCUGGAGCUGCUAGACCACGAGACGACGCCGCACUACUGGCUGACGGCGUAUGCCUGCGAUCGCGGCGCCGUGCCCCUCUGCGCCUCCGUGGAGGUGUACGUGGAGGUGCAAGACGUCAACGACAACGCCCCACAGACACCCGAGCCCGUCUACUACCCCAGCAUCGCUGAGAACUCGCCCAAAGACGUCUCAGUCAUCCGGAUCGAGGCAGUCGACCCGGACACGGGCUCUGGUGAUGGGCUCACCUACAGGAUCACCAGCGGCAACCCGCAGGGGUUCUUCAGUAUCAACGCCAAGACAGGCCUAGUCAGCACCACAUCCCGAAAACUGGACCGCGAACAGCAGGACGAACACAUCCUCGAGGUGACGAUCACGGACCAGGGCGUGCCGGCCCGCUCCUCGGCAGUGCGCGUGAUCGUGACCGUGCUGGACGAGAACGACAACCAUCCCGUCUUCAUGGAGAAGGUGUACAAGAUCAAGCUUCCGGAGCGGGAACGGGCAGAGCGGGCAGAGCGGGAGAGGUCGCCGCGCCGCGACCCCGUGUAUCGCGUGCUGGCCUCGGACCGCGACGCCGGCCCCAACGCCGAGCUGUCCUACAGCAUCGAAGACGGCGACGAGCAGGGCAGGUUCUUCAUCGAGCCCAAGACGGGGCUGGUCUCCUCCAAGAAGUUCUCCUCCUCUGGAGAGUACGACAUCCUCACGAUCAAGGCGGUGGAUAACGGCAGGCCCCAGAAGUCAUCCACCUGCCGCUUGCACAUUGAAUGGGUCCCCAAGCCGCAACCCAGCACCGAGCCCCUGGCCUUUGACGAGAGCAUCUUCUCCUUCACCGUCAUGGAGAGCGACCCCGUGGCACACAUGGUCGGGGUCAUCACCAUGGAGAAAGUGGACUCGCCCGUCUGGUUCGAGAUCACGGAUCCCAGCGAUGCGUUUUACGUCAUGCAGAUGGCUUGCGACCUGAACUGCACCGCGGAAGGCGGGAAUACUGACAGCCGCUUGGAUGUGGGCCGGGCCAGUGGAACCCUGGUGGUGGCGCGACCUCUGGACGCAGAGCAGAAAACCCACUACAAUCUGACGGUGGAGGCCACGGAUGGCACCCGGACCGCCAGCACACAGGUCCUCGUGAGGGUGAUCGACGCCAACGACCACCGUCCGGAGUUCACGCAGCCCCGCUACGAGGUCACCGUUCGGGAGGACGUGGCACCAGCGACAGAGGUACUGCGCCUCAGCGCGACCGACCGGGAUGAGAAGAACAAACUCACCUUCACCCUCCUGAGCAGCACUGACCCAUUCAGCCUCCGCAAGUUCCGUCUGGACCCGGGAACCGGCGUCCUCUACACCGCUGACCGACUCGACCACGAGACCAUGCGCCAGCACACGCUCACCGUCAUGGUGCGAGAUCAGGACAUCCCGGUAAAGCGGAACCUCGUGCGAGUGAUUGUGCACGUGGAGGACACCAACGACAACGCACCGUGGUUCGCCGGUGCGCCGUACGCCGGCCGCGCCUUCGAGUCUGCCGCUGCAGGUUCCGUGGUGCUACAGGUCACCGCACUGGACAAGGACGAGGGUCAGAACGCCGAGAUCGUCUACAGCAUCGAGUCAGGAAAUGUGGCUAAUUCAUUUGCCAUUGAUCCUAUCCUGGGGACCAUCGCCGUGGCGAAAGAGCUGGACCGCAGCACGAAGGAGCAUUUUGAGCUGAUAAUAAAAGCGUCAGACCAAGGAAUUCAACCCCUAAGUGCAACAGCGACCGCCACCAUCACGGUCACCGUCUCGGACAAUGCCAAGCCUAAGUUUGCCGAGAAGGAGUUCUCCGCAGAAGUCAGUGAGGCUGCGCUUCCCGGAACAUUUGUGAGCUUGGUUGCAUGCACCAGCCAGUCCUCGGUGUUCUAUCAGAUCAAAGAUGGAAACGUGAACGGAGCCUUCGAUGUCAACCCUAACUCUGGCGUGGUCGUGACCCAGAGGGCCCUGGAUUACGAGACCAUACCGUCGUACAAGUUGACCAUACAGGGGACCAACAUGGCCAGUCUGGCCAGCAACGUGACACUCAUGGUUCACCUGAAGGACGAGAACGACAACGUGCCAGUCUUUGUCCGGGAAGAGUUCACGGGAAUGGUCAGCGAAUCGUCCCCCAUCAGAAGUGUGGUGCUGACCAAAGACAGCAUGCCUCUGGUCGUCCGUGCCACGGACGCGGAUCGCGACGCCAACGCUAGGCUCGUCUACCAGAUCGUGGAGCCGUUCGCCCUCAACUACUUCGCCAUCGAUUCCAGCACCGGAGCCAUUAGGACCACAACCGAGCUGGACUACGAAAAGAAAUCCAUUUUUCAUUUCUCCGUGCAAGUCCACGACAUGGGAAUCCCACGACACUUUGCAAACAAAGCAGCCAACGUGACCAUCGAGGUGAUCGAUGUCAACGACUGUCCGCCACGGUUUAGCCAAGACUCGUACGAGACCACGGUCCUUGUGCCGACUUACAAAGGCGUGGAGGUCGUCAUAGUCUCCGCCACCGAUGAAGACUCGGGACCAAACGCCAGGCUUCUCUACUCCGUUGUCGAGGGCAACAUUGGGGACAAGUUCAAAAUGGACCCAGUAAUUGGUGUUGUCACCAUACAGAAUGUCACCCAACUGCGAAGCAGGUACGAGCUGAGAGUCCGUGUGUCUGACGGCAGGUUUUCCGAAACGGCAUCGGUGAAAAUAACCGUCCGAGAGAAUAAAGCGGUCGGUCUGAGGUUCACUCAGAGCUCCUACAGGGCCACAGUGCAGGAGAACUCGGCGGAGAAGACGACUCUAGCGAUCAUCGCAGCCGUGGGCAUCCAAGUCAAUGAGCCCCUGUUCUACGCCAUCCUGAACCCCGACAGGAGGUUUGAGAUCGGCCAUACGUCGGGGGUGCUCCUGACGACCGGCGUGCCCUUCGACCAUGAAGAGCAGAACACCUACGAGGUCAUAGUGGAAGUGAGCAAGCAGGACAAGUCAUCAGAUGUGGCUCACGUCCUCGUGACAGUCACAGUCGAGGACGCCAACGACAACCUUCCCAUGUUUGUCAACCUGCCUUACCAUGCGCUGGUGCGCAAGGAUGCCGAGGCAGGCCAGGUCAUCAGACACGUGACUGCCGUGGACGCAGAUGCUGGAAGUAAUGCUCAAAUAAAAUACCACCUCCAGGAGUGGAACAAGUACAUCCAGAUCAGCCCGAGCGGAGAACUCUCGCUGAAAACGCAGCUGGACUGGGACUCGCCGGACUCAGAGUUCUCACUCACGGUUGUGGCCACAGACGGUGGUGAGCCGCCACUGUCUGCAACCGUCGAAGUGCCCGUAACAAUAGUCACAAAAGCCAUACCGGUGUUUGAGAGGCCGUUCUACAGUCUAGAGUUGCCCGAGAACGUCCAGCUAAACACGCCCAUCGUCCAUGUGCAAGCCAACGAUUCCGAAGGGCCUCGGGUGGUGUACACCAUCGCGGAGGGGGAUCCUUAUGGACAGUUCUCCAUCAGCUUUGGUGCUGGCGUCAUCAGCGUGGGGCGACCCCUUGAUUUCGAAGCACACCCUGCGUAUAAACUAAGUGUAUGGGCCACGGAUGCGCUCACUGGAGCCAAAGCUGAAGUUUUCGUCGACAUCAUUUUAGAGGACAUGAAUGACAACCCGCCCAUAUUUCUUUCCAAGUUUUACAAUGCAAGCGUUUCGGAAGCCUCGGUCGUCGGUACCGCCGUGGCGCAGGUCUCGGCUACCGACGCAGACACGGGUAACAACAAAGCGCUGUUCUACCAGAUAGUUGAAGACGAGGACCAGAGCUCUGAGUGCUUUGCCGUCGACCGAGACACCGGUACGAUCUGGACAGUGUGCGCGCUCGACCGCGAGGAAAAGUCCCAGCACAAGCUGAUCGUCAGGGCCGUGGAUGGAGGAGUGCCGGCGCUUUCCAGUGAGGUCACCGUGACGAUCGAUGUCACAGACCUUAAUGACAACGCCCCUGUGUUUUCACAGGGCAUUUACGAAGCGGCGGUCAGCGAGCUGGCUCCCCGCGGCCACUUUGUGACUCAGGUUCGCGCGUCGGACGCGGACAGCUCUGAUCGCGGGAAACUUGAGUUCUCGAUCUUAUCUGGAAACGAAGAGCAGAACUUUGCCAUGGACAGAGUCACCGGAACUGUCGUCAUUUCCAAUCACAGGAAGCCACACAUGGAAUCCCUCUACAGCCUCAACGUCUCUGUGUCCGACGGCGUGUUCCGGAACUCCGCUCUCGUGAAAGUUUCGGUCAUCGGCGCUAACUUCCAAAACCCCGCUUUCCCUCAAGUUGACUACAUUGUGGAGCUCCUGGAAAACUCCCCAGUCGGAAUACUGGUGGCAGAGGCUCAAGCAUCUGAUGAAGACGCAGGCACGUACGGACAACUGACGUAUCACAUAGUCAACGACGUUGCUAAAGACAAGUUUUCCGUCAGUGAAAAGGGGGAGAUUUUCACCUUGGAGAGCCUUGACCGUGAGAAUGCUUUGGAGAAAGUAAUUCCAAUCUCCUUAAUGGCAAAAGAUGGUGGUGGAAAAGUGGGAUUCUGCACGAUCAAUGUGAUCCUGACUGACAUCAAUGAUAAUUCCCCACAGUUCCGAGCUGCUGAAUAUCGAGCCAACAUAGCGUCGGAUGUCCCGAGAGGAACAACAGUAGUGACAAUCGCAGCCUCCGACAUGGACGAAGGCAGCAACGCUGACAUCACCUACACCGUCGAGGCAGACUCCGAUAACGUUGCAGAGAACUUUGAGAUCCACCCGGUCACUGGCGUCAUCAUGACGAAAGAGAGCCUGAUCGGGUUGGAAAACGAGCUGUACUCUUUCCUCGUCCGGGCGAAGGACGGCGGGAACCCCUCAAGGUUCUCUGUUGUCCCAGUCCAUGUCAGGGUCCUAGCUCCAGAGGUCAGAGUGCCAAAGUUCACCGAGCCGCACUACAGGUUCACCAUCGACGAGGAUCGUACGCUGGGCUCCGACAUAGACACGAUCCAGGCUGAAAGCGAUCGGCCCAUCGUCUAUAGCCUGGCGAAGGGCAACACGCAGGAAAGCAACAAGGAGGAAGUGUUUGUCGUGGAUCGUGACACAGGAGCCCUGAAGCUAGAGAAGAAACUUGACCAUGAGACCACCAAGUGGUACCAGCUCACGCUUUGUGCCCAAAGUGAACAUGAAGGCAGCGAAGUCAUCUCCUCUGUGGACAUCAGCAUUCAAGUCAAGGACAUCAAUGACAACCGCCCACUCUUUGAGUCAGACCCGUACAAGGCUGUUGUGGCAGAGAACCUUCCGGGGGGGACUUCCGUGAUACAGGUGAAAGCGACGGACCUGGACUCCGGUACCAACGGCCUGGUGGUCUACAGCCUGGAUCCCAUCCAGCAGUCAGCAGACAUCGGGGAACUCUUUGCCAUCCACAGCGAAACGGGCUGGGUGAUGACCCUGAGGGAGCUUGACCGGGAGCUGAAGAGCAAAUACACCAUCGCCGUCCUGGCUACCGACAGAGGGGACAAGAUCCAGCUGACGGCCAGCACCAAGGUGGAUGUGACGGUGGCGGAUGUGAACGACAACCCGCCACGGUUCACGGCAGAGAUCUACAAGGGCACGGUCAGCGAGGACGACCCCCCUGGAGGGGUGAUCGCCAUCCUCAGCACGACCGAUGCUGACUCGGAGGGCAUCAACAAACAAGUCGAGUAUUUCAUCACAGGCGGCGACCCGCUGGGGCAGUUUGGUGUGGAGCACGCGCAGGGCGAGUGGAAGGUGUCCGUGCAGAAGUCCUUGGACAGGGAGGAGACGGACAACUACCUGCUCAACGUCACAGCCACGGACGGCACCUUCACGGCCAGGGCCGUGGUGGAGGUCAAAGUGUUGGAUGCCAAUGACAACAGCCCCGUGUGCGGGAAGUCUCUGUACACUGAGCGGGUCCCGGAGGACUCGGCUCCAGGACGCCUCGUGCUCCAGGUCUCCGCCACGGACGCCGAUAUCCGCUCCAACGCUCACAUCUCCUACCAGAUGCUGGGUGCCGGAUCGCAGCACUUCACUCUCGACCCUGACACAGGUGAGCUGAAGACUCACCUCCCGCUGGACCGCGAGGAAGAGGAGCUGCUCAGGCUGAAGGUGCGGGCCGUGGACGGUGGAGGCCGCCACUGCGAGGCGGACGUGGAGAUCACGGUGGAGGACGUCAACGACAACGCACCACAGUUCACCUCUGACCCCUACGCCGUCACUGUGUUUGAGAACACGGAGAUCCACACGCCCGUGGCCCAGCUGCACGCCGACGACCUGGACACGGGUCCCAACGCUGAGCUCUUCUACUCACUGCUGGACUCGGCCGACGGCGUGUUCUCCAUCGACGAGCGCACGGGCGUCCUGCGCCUGGCCACUCCCCUGGACCGCGAGCUCCGCCCCUCCUACGCGCUACGGGCGCGGGUCAUGGACCGUGGCUCGCCCCGCCGCCUCUCCACCACCUGCGCCGUGGCUGUCUCCGUGCUGGACAUCAACGAUGACCCACCGGUCUUCCAGCGGCAUGACUAUGCCGUCGCCCUCGCUGAGGACGUCGCCAUGGGAACCCAGGCGCUGCGCGUGCACGCAGCCAGCCGAGACGCUGACGCCCACAUCUCCUACACCAUCGUCGGCGGCAACGAGCGAGGGGCAUUCAGCAUCGACGCCCACACCGGCGGCAUCUUUGUGAUCGAGCCGCUGGACUAUGAAUCGUCGCGCGAGUUCUACCUGACAGUGGAGGCAUCGGAUGGCGGUUCCCCACCGCUCAGCGACACGGCCACCAUCAACAUCAACGUGACCGAUGUCAACGACAAUAGCCCGAUGUUCGGUCAGGCCGUCUACUCGGCCGUGGUCAGCGAGGACGCGGAACCAGGCAGGACCGUGCUGACCGUCAUAGCUGAUGAUUCAGAUGGACCAUCCAAUAACCAGGUGCGCUACUCCAUCGUUAGUGGCAACCAUGGCAGUCCGUUCACCCUUGACCCCCUGAAAGGAGAGGUCAAGGUGGCCCGCCAGCUGGACAGAGAGAAGACGUCUGGUUACACUCUGACUGUGAUGGCGUCUGAUGGUGGAAUUCCAGUCAGAUCUGGCACCGCAACUAUAAACAUCGACGUGUCGGACAUCAAUGACAAUCCUCCCAUCUUCUCCCAGAGUAACUACAGUGUCAUCAUUCAGGAGCACCAGCCAAUCAGCACCAGCAUUCUCCAGCUGACAGUGUCAGACGGCGACGCCUCCCACAAUGGCCCGCCCUUCUUCUUCUCCAUCGUCGGCGGUGACGAUGGCCACGCCUUCCACAUCACGCCACAGGGCAUGUUGGUCUCCGCAGCGACGCUGAGCCGCCAGACCAGGGAGCACUACCUCCUACAGAUCCAGGUGUCGGACAGCGGACGUCCCCCGCUGGUGUCCACAGCAUUCGUGACCGUGCACCUGAUCGAGGAGAGCAUCCACCCGCCGGUCAUCCUCCCCCUCGAUGUCUAUGUCACCACGGCGACAGACGAGUAUGGUGGCGGCGUGCUGGGCAAGAUCCACGCCACUGACCAGGACGUGUACGACACGCUCACCUACGGCCUGGCACCUCUGGCCGGCGGUGCCAGCCCGGGCCCUUCCGUCGCGGGACCCAGCCCCUUCUCCGUCUCGCCCACUGACGGGCGCUUGGUGGCGCGUGGCGCCCUGGACGCCGGCCAGUACUCACUCAAUGCCACGGUGACGGAUGGCCGCUUUGUCUCGGCCGCGCGCGUGAGCGUGCACGUGCGGCGGGCAGGUCCCGGCGCCCUGGCCGCAGCCGUGGCUGUGCGCUUUGUCGCCAUGGCGCCCGAGGACUUCCUCGCCGACCACUGGCGCAACUUCCUCCGGGCGCUGCGCAGCUCGGCGGGCGCGCGGCGCGCCGAUGUGCACCUGCUCAGCCUGCAGCCAGCCGCUGACGCCCCCGGCGAUCUAGACGUGCUGCUGGCCGUGGAGAAGGGCGGCGGCUCUGGUGAUGCUUACCAUCCCGGUCACGCCCUCCAGCGCAAGCUCAACGCCUCGGCCGCUGUCGUCGAGGAGAUGACAGGCGUGCGCCUUGCCCAUGUGCCCCACAUGCUGUGCGCCGGCCUCGACUGCCCGGUCAGCUUCUGCAGGGAGACGGUCGUCCUGGAGACGGGCGCCGUGGCGACGUACAGCACGGCCAGGGUGAGCUACGUCACGCCGCGUCACGUGCGUACGGCCACCUGCCUUUGCAAGGGUGCCGAAUGCUCAGUCCUGAACACACUAUGCGAGGAGAACCAAUGUCCUGUGGGCACAGAGUGUGUGGAAGACCCCACACACACCAAAUUCAGCUGUGUGUGCUCUGAUGAGAAAUCCAGACAGUGUUCAGGCCAGGCGUUGACGUUCAGUGGCCGUGGCUACGUGCGCUACAGGCUGAUGGAGAAUGACAAUAAGGAGGAGCUGAAACUCUUCCUCAGACUGCGCACUUUCUCCACUCACGCCACUCUCAUGUACGCCAAGGGCACAGACUACAGCAUCCUGGAGAUUGUGAAUGGGCGCCUGCAGUACAAGUUCGACUGCGGCAGCGGCCCUGGGGUGGUGUCCGUGCACAGCCCGCCGGUGAGCGACGGCGAGUGGCACGCCGUGUCCCUGGAGGUGGAUGGGAACCACGCCCGCCUGCUACUGGACGGCACUCACGCCGCGUCGGGGCGGGCGCCGGGGACGCUGCGCACGCUCAACCUGGACACCAGCGUCUUCUUCGGGGGCCUGGUGCGGGUUGGGCCGGGGGGCGGGCCUGGACGCCCACCCGUCACCGGCGGCCUGCGCGGCUGCCUGGGUGGGGUGGUGCUGAACGGGCGCGAGCUGCCGCUCGGACCCCCGGCCCACGUGGAACGCUCCGUCCUGGAGGAGAUGGUGGGGGCGGAGUUAGGAUGCAGAGUCCUGCCCCCUGUGCCAGCGUGCGACGCCGCUGACCCCUGCACCAAUGGCGGCACCUGCGCCGAGCUGCCUGACGGAGGUUACUUCUGCAAGUGCAGCUCGCUGUUCAUGGGCUCACACUGCGAGUUACCCAUCAGCCCCUGCUCCUCCAACCCCUGCCUGUAUGGGGGCACUUGCAUGCCGCGCGCUGACAGCUUCUACUGCCAGUGCCGUGGACAGUACUCCGGCCAGCGAUGUCAGCUGGGUCCAUACUGCACGGAGAACCCCUGCAAGAACAGCGGCAGGUGCAUUGACAGUCUCGACGGCCCUGUGUGUGAGUGUGAGCCCGGUUUCCAAGGAGACAGGUGCCUGAGCGACGUGGACGAGUGUGCGCGUAACCCGUGCAAUAACGGUGGGCAGUGCCACAACACGUAUGGCUCGUUCAGCUGCAACUGCUCUCUGGGCUUCGGGGGGCGCCGCUGCGAACUCCACGGCGAGCUGCACAACCACUUCGUCUCCACCUCCUGGAACAUCGGCCUGGAGGAAGUGGUCGGCAUCGUCGUGUUCCUCGCCGCCAUCUUCCUGCUCGUCCUGCUCUUCGUUGCCGUGCGCAAGCGGGCGUGCCGCCGCCGCCGUAGCCGCUCCAAAUCGGACGGGGGCGGGGUGGUGGGCGGAGCCCCGAGAGGAGGCGUGCUCGGCGUCGGUGGCCCGCCCCCAUUCCUCCAGCGCCCGCCCUACUUCGACGCCAAGACCGGGCGGGGCAUGUACUCGGACGUGCCGCCCCAGGUGCCCGUGCGGCCCAUCUCCUAUACCCCCAGCAUCCCCAGCGACUCGCGCAACAACCUGGACCGCAACUCGUUCGAGGGCUCGGCCAUCCCUGAGCACCCCGAGUUCAGCACGUUCAACCCAGACGCGGCGCACGGACACCGGAAGACCGUGGCCGUCUGCAGCGUGGCACCCAACCUGCCCCCGCCCCCGCCCUCCAAUUCCGUGUCCGACAGCGACUCCAUCCAGAAACCCAGCUGGGACUACGAUUAUGAUGCUAAAGUCGUAGACCUGGACCCAUGCCUGGGCAAGAAGGCUGCAGACGACAACGCGUGCCCGCACUUCGCCACCAGGGGGAGCAUGUCCGAGGUGCAGUCGCUCAGCUCCUUCCAGUCUGAGUCCUGCGACGACAACGAGUCGUCCCCGCCUCACGAGCUCAAGAACCCCAGAGGGUACCACUGGGACACGUCUGAUUGGAUGCCGAGCGUUCAGCUUCCUGGAAUCCAGGAGUUCCCUCAAUACGAGGUGGUGGAGGCCCCGCCCACUCUCUACAACGACCCCGCCCUGCUGGACACGGACUACUACCCCGGCGGGUAUGACAUUGAGAGCGAUUUCCCCCUGCCGCCUGACGACUUCCCCACCCAUGACGACCUACCCCCACCCCCACCCAUGCCCGAGCCCGGCGGGCGCUACAACACCCUCCGCGCCCUUGGCCCCGCCCCCUCCAGCCCCGGGGGGGCGGGGGGGCGCCAGCGUCCGCCCCUCCCCCAGCUCUACGCCCUCAACCAUUACCUCCCACAGCACCAGUACCCGUCGGACGCCGAGUCCCAGAGCAACCCCACCGACACCCUGGCCUCCUCCACCACCGCCUCCCCGGGCGGGCCCCGGCGCUGCGGAUACGGCCGCGGGUUCGACGCCCCGGCGGCGGCAGACGACGCCUCGCUGUCGGUGUGCACGUCCACGGCGUCCUGCUCGGACAUGUCGGCGUGCUGCGAGGAGUCGGAGGCGCUCAUGAGCGACUACGAGAGCGGAGGAGAGGAGGAGGAGGAGGAGGAGGAGGAGGUGGGCAGGGCACAGUUCCAGCAGUUGCUCAUACCGCGCGGCACGCCAGCCCAGAAAGAGCAGCACACUGAAGUCUGAACACUGGAUCCGAUAGGGAACAAAUAGAAGUGCCUGAAAAUUAACCCUUAUGCAGGAGACUCAAGCAGAGCAUAACACACACGCGCACACACACACACACACACACACAAACACACAAAAGCUGUACGGAAGAUAUCGCACACGGUACGCAGACACACACACACACACACACACACUCAAGACACGCAAGCAAAGUUCCUCGUCUGGCUGCUGACGUGCUUGAGGGAACAUUUGGACAGACCAGUUCAUUCCACCAGGAGUCUGGAGUCAGAGGGCGAUAGUGUAAUUCAUACAUGGUGUGAAUUUGCUGUAACUGUCAUUAUGCACACAGUGUCCAGAAGAAUCGUAUCGACGUGUAAUUCACGCUUUCAUUUUCCAGGUUGGAAAAGAGCAACAUUUCAAAGUGAUACCUGUCUGUAUUUGUAUAGAUAAAAACCACGCUUUUAUUUUGACAAUUCAUCUUUCAUCUGUAAUGUAAAUGGCAAUGUACAGAUUUGAUUUCAAAGGUUUAAUAGGUUUGUUUUGUAGAUAUUUUAUGAUUUUUAAUUUUCCCAAAAAAAUGCACAAACUAACAACAGUUUUCAUUCUCAAAAAAAAAAAGAUCAGGAAAAAAUAUGUACGAGUCCAUUAAAAAAAAAAAGUUGUGUCUUGUUGCACACAAGACCCACCCAGUCCAUAUUUUACCCCCGGUUCUGUUAGGCGUCGGCGUAUUAUUGUGACGUUCCUUUAUGUUUAUUUUGGUUUUCUGUUUUUCUCAGUUGUAAACUGCAACUUCAGAACCUCGUUGUACUUUUCACCAGGAAAAAACGGGACACGGUUUAUUUACGUGCCGCAAGGAAGCGCGGACGCGAGGCUUUUUUCCAGGGCCGCGCUCAUGUCCGAGUGAUGUUCCGGUCUUGUUUAUGGCUUUUGUUUUUGUUGUUGUUUUUUUGUUUGUUUGUUUGUUUUUAAUACUGCCACUAGCUUAACCGCUUUACUACUGGCAAUAAAUUAUUCUUAAAAAUACAAA